CAUUCGCAAUUGUGCUUCACAGUGGAGCGGAUGACGACGCGCAAGCAAGAGAAUAAAACAAUAGUAUCAAGCGAGUUGCAAUGAACGAAUCCUUUCAAUUUUGUUUUUGUUACUGCCAUAAAGGAGAGUGUAUAAAACGUGAAUGAAAAAAAAAAUUAAAAAUAAAAUUACAAAUGAAAAUAAUGAAUAAUUAAAAAUAGGAGUGAUUUAAGAAAAAUACAUAUGUAUGUACAUAUAUGCGAUACUUUGCCGUUAGUUUUUUUCGAAUUGCAAAUUUGUUUAACUAAUUCUAAUUUAAACGUAUUAAAUUAAUGAUAUUUUGGAAGCAAAGUGCACACCGAAGGCGAUCUUGAGCCAAUAAAAAAAAAAAUAUUAUUAUAGACUAAAACAAAAAACAAAAAAAAACACGGAUAAAAAUAAACAUCUUUAUAAAAAGUUAAUUAUCGACAGCAAAUAAAAAAAAACCGUAUGAAAUAAAAAUUGUGAUAUUAACGGAAAAUAAUAAACAUGUAUAAACAUUCACAUAACAUGUGCAUAACUUAUGUAUGCUAAAAAUGAAAAUAAAUAAGCAAAGAAACAGCUUUGAAUUGCAUUCGAUUUACAGUUGAGAACAGUUUAUAAAACAGUGUAACAUUAUAAAUUGUAACCUACAACUGUUUAUAAAAAUAAUUGAUACAUGUAAAAAGGUGUUUUUUAAUAAAGAAACCAAAAAUAAGAAAUAUCUUCAGUAAAAAACAGCGCUAAAAAUUGCCACACAACAAAAAUAAAUUUAUCGCUUAUUAUCGUCACACAAAUCACCUGUAGAACAAGAAAAUCAAUUAACAAUAAUAUGAAAUGUGUAAAAAUAUGAAGGCCGAAACCUUACUUCUAAUUAAAAUUCAAACAGUGUGAUUUGUAAUAAAAAUUUGCAUUAAACAAAAAAUAUGUGUAUUAGCGAAAACAGUUGCUUUUAACGAUUAAAAGUUCAAAGCCUUUGCUGCAUAAAAAUCGUAUAAUUUAGCUUUUUCCAUUAAAAUUUGUUUUGGCGUGCAAUGUACCGAUAAAAUCUGGCAAAAAAAUUUGUGUUUUUGAAAUCACAUAUAAAUACAUUUAAAAUAUAUAAGUAAGUGCUAAGCAACAAUUGCUGAAAUUCAAACCGGCUACGAUAUUGUGUGGGAAGCUGCAAAAAAUUACGUUUUAAGACACCGAUUGGAACAGGUAUAUUGAAAGGAGCCUUGAUUGAGAAACUCAUACUUUACACUUCUGAACACAUUUUUAAGUACUUUAAUGCAACAUUUUGAAAGCGCAACACGUUCCACCGAAAAGGUAAAUUGAGCGAUAACAGAAAAUUGAGUAAAGCGAAAAAAAAUUAAAUGCGGCGUUAGAAAAAUAACAUUCCAAUCAUAUUUCAACUACCACAAUAACAACAAGUUAUUGCGCAAAAUACAUAAAUAAAGUGUAGACGAGACAUCGUAGCCGCAACGAUGGAGCAUACCGCCUGUCUGAAGCCAUCGAAAGAUGUCGAAUUUCAAGAUGUUUACUACACCGUUAAGGAGCGCAAACACUACAUUAAAGUCACUGGAACUCGUCAAAUAUUGCGCGGUGUCAGCGGCAGCUUCCGCAAUGGUCAAUUGUCGGCAAUUAUGGGUCCUUCCGGUGCGGGCAAGAGUAGUUUACUCAAUGCUUUAUCUGGUCUGCGCACAUCAGACGUUAAGGGUCACAUUAAAAUUGAGCGCAAAGGUUCCUGUUACAUCACACAAGAGGACAAUCAUCAAACACUACUCACCGUUGAAGAGCUAAUGACACUCAGCUGCAAUCUUAAGUUGCCGCAUUGCAAGCGCAAAGCAGAAAUCAUUACAGAAAUACUUGAAAAUCUUCACUUGAACCAUCGGCGCAAUGUCUACGCUGAAAAGUUGAGUGGUGGCGAGCGUAAACGGCUCUCAAUCGCGCUCGAAUUGGUUGCGAACCCAAAAAUAUUCUUCCUCGACGAACCAACCAGCGGUUUGGAUGAGGUAACAGCUGCACAAUGCAUACGCCUAUUGAGUCAAUUGGCGAAAGAGGGACGCACCAUUGUCUGUACAAUACACCAGCCGUCGGCGACGAUUUUCAAUUAUUUCGAUAGUAUUUUUGUGCUGGCCAGCGGAAAGUGCGUCUACCAGGGUCAACCGGGCACGGUGAUACCGUUUCUACGUCAUGUGCAUAUUGAGUGCCCCAAAUAUUAUAGUCCAUCCGAUUACAUUAUUGAGUUGUGCGAUGCGGACGAAGGCAAACUCAUACCUGUACUCAGCGAGUUAACCGACAAUGGAAAGCUGAUAUAUGCGCCACAGCAACAUCAACAACAACAACAAUUGAAUGGUUUAAAUAAUACAACAACAAUGCCAGUUUCUCAAAAUCCUUCAAAAGAUUUCCAGCAAUCGGUGCGCACUUUCUUCGUGGAAGAACCCAAACGCAGCCGCUGGCAACAUUUUCUUUCGGCCGGCACGAAUCUCUCCACAGAUGGCACGCUUAUUGGCGGUGUUACGGCAUUUUACGAGCAUUUGAAGACCUUCACGAAGCUGCUGGACAGCGAACACGAGGACACUUCGAGCCUCCAUCAAUUUUGUGUGCUCUUCAAAAUGAUGUUGGUGCGCAUAAUCCGCGCACGUGUGGCCUUACUUAUACAGUUCUUGCAUCACGUGUUGACGGCGCUGUGCUUUGGCUUGAUUUUUCUGAAUCUCGGCAAUCAGGGCUCACGCAUGUUUGAUCAUUUGAAGUUCUGCAUUGGUGUGAUUAUAAUUAUUGCAUAUACACAAGUUAUGGUGCCGAUCUUGAGCUAUCCGAUGGAAAUAAAGAUUGUUCGAAAGGAAACCUUCAAUCGUUGGUACAAAUUAACACCCUAUUACAUGGCUUUGAACUUCUCACGCUUGCCACUACAGAUCGCUUUGAAUAUGAUAAUGCUAACGAUAAUUUAUUGGAUGAGUGGGUUGCCACCACAAUUGUGGCGAUUUGGUCUAUUUGCCAGUAUUGGUUUGAUGACGUCAUUAAUUGCCGAAGGAAUGGGCUUGGCAAUUGGCAUGACAUUUAGCAUAACGAAUGGCAGCGCUGUUGGUCCCCUGACGAUUGCUCCCCUGAUGGGUUUGGCUGUCUAUGGUUUCGACUUUGCCGCACAAAUUCCGUACGCGAUGAAUCUACUUAUGAAAUUCAGUUAUAUACGCGUGGCCGUGGUGGCGCUAAUACUCACCGUUUUCGGUUUUGAACGCCCAGAACUGGAGUGUGAUGAAAUGUAUUGCCAUUUUGGUGAUCCCAGAGUAUUACUGAAGUUCUUAGACAUUGAACAGUUAUCGAUGUGGUAUCUCUUCUCCCUACUCACAAUGCUUAUGCUCUUUUACAGAGUGCUAAUGUAUUUGAGUUUGCGCAGACGCUGUGGUACAUAAGUGUUGGUAUUAUCUUUAAUUUUUAAUUGUACAUGUUCAUAUACAUAUGUGAUUUGUAGUGUUAGGUGGUAAUGUUUGGGUUAAUUGAAAAUUGGGGCGUGGAAUUUUGGUUAAUGUAUGCAAGUUCUGCUGAAGAAACGGUAUGUUUGUGUAUAUAAAAUUACUAGUAAGCAAUUUUAUGCUGUGAUAAAUAUUUAAUAAAUUUAAGAUAUUUUUUGUAAACAAGAAA